AUGGAGGAAAUUAGGAGAGAGAAUGCAAAUACAGACGAAGAAUCAGAGAGGUAUGUUGAUUGGAGAGGAAGACCUUCCAAUCCGAACAAGCAUGGAGGAAUGACAGCUGCUUCUUUUCUUCUUGGGUUUCAAGGAUUUGAAAUAAUGGGAGUAGCAGCGGUGGGAAACAAUCUGAUAACGUAUUUGGUAAACGACAUGCGUUUCUCUCUCCCAAAAUCAGCCAACAUUGUAACCAACUUCGUUGGGACUAUCUUUCUCAUGGCUCUCCUCGGUGGCUAUCUUUCUGACUCCUUUCUUGGCAGUAUUCGGACCAUCCUCAUCUUUAGCUUUCUCGAACUCUUUGGUUUCAUAUUAUUGUCAAUGCAAGCACAUUUUCCCGAACUAAAGCCAUCCAAAUGCUCCAACAUACUAAAUGGUGAAUGCCAAGAAGCAAAAGGGUUGGAAGCUGCAAUAUUCUUCUUGGCAAUAUACAUGGUGGCAUUAGGAAGUGGGUGUGUGAAGCCUAAUAUGAUAGCUCAUGGAGGAGACCAAUUCAACCGACGCAACUCACAACAAUUAAAGAGCCUCUCAACUUACUUCAACCUUGCCUAUUUUGCCUUCUCAAUGGGUGAACUUGUUGCCCUAACCCUUCUUAUUUGGGUCCAAACUCACUCUGGCAUGGACACUGGUUUCGCUGUUUCUGCUACAGCUAUGGCGCUGGGGCUACUUAGCUUGAUAUGUGGGACUUUGUCAUAUAGGAAUAAGACUCCACAAGGCAGCAUUCUCACUCCCGUUGCUCAAGUGUUUGUGGCUGCAAUAUUAAAGAGAAAUGUUCAUAGUGACCAAAACAAUAGUGUUGGCCAGUCUACUGACUCACCUAGAGAGGGUCAGAGUCAUACGGAUAAGUUCAGGUUUUUGAACAAGGCAUGUAUCAGAGUCCAAGGUGAGACUAUUCCAGAGGAAACUCCAUGGAGAUUGUGCAGCAUUACUCAAGUUGAGCAAGUGAAGACAUUACUCUCAACCAUCCCUAUCUUUGCUUGUACAAUCAUCUUCAACACAAUCCUAGCUCAACUCCAAACAUUCUCAGUUCAACAAGGAUCUUCAAUGGACACCCAUCUUUCUAGAACCUUCCAGAUCCCUCCAGCUUCCCUCCAAAGCAUCCCUUACAUGCUCCUCAUUGUCUUGGUCCCUCUCUAUGACGCUUUCUUUGUCCCUUUUGCCAGAAAACUCACAGGCCAUGAUUCAGGUAUCUCCCCAUUAACCAGAAUAGGGUUUGGCCUCUUUGCAGCGACUUUCUCCAUGAUCUCAGCAGCUUUUAUGGAGAAGAAGAGAAGAGAUCAAGCUGUGAACUUCAACCAAAAGCUUCCCAUUCUUUGGAUUACACCACAGUUUGUGAUCUUUGGGUUGUCUGAGAUGUUCACAGCAGUGGGACUCAUAGAGUUCUUUUACAAACAAUCCAAUAACAUUAGAGGAAUGGAGGCAUUCUUGACUUCAAUCACUUAUUGUUCAUACUCCUUUGGGUUUUACUUGAGCUCAGUUUUGGUCUCUUUGGUGAAUAAGAUCACCCGUACCAGUUCUAAUGGUGGCUGGCUUCAUGAAAAUGAUCUAAACAAAGAUAGGGUGGAUUUGUUCUAUUGGCUGCUUGCUGCAUUGAGCUUCCUCAACUUCCUCAACUAUCUUUUCUGGUCAAGAUGGUACUCUUCUAAAUAA